AUGCACAUGAACUUUGAGGACACCCAGGCGGUCCUGGAGGACUAUGCCGAUGUGGUUCAGUACGAGCAGGGCCAGCUGAAUCCUGACGAGCAUCAGGCGGACCCUCUGGACAAAGCCUCCACCUACAGCUUGACGAACGUGGUGCCCCAGAGCAGGGAGUUCAACUUGGGACCCUGGGCGGAGCACCAGGACCUCGUCCGCAAGCGCCUCAACAAAGUCUUCGUGGUCACCAGGGUCACCACCUCCAGGCACACGAUCCGCCGCAACAACCUGGACAGGGUGGCCGUGUCGGAGUACAUGUGGUCGGCCUACUGCUGCGUCGAGUUUGACCAGAACGCACCGUGCAUUGUGCGCUACAAGUUCCCCGUGUUUGCAGCGUACGGGUUGAACGACCGCGUCAACAACUACAUGGUGGAGGUUCCUCUCAAGAACCUGGAGAAAUUUCUCAAGGGGAGGAUGGAUGUGGAUAAGAACUUCCAGAUCUUCUACAGUGAUUGUGUGCCAGAAAACUGA